AUGGCUGAAGAACUUGAAGCAACUUUGGCUGUUGUGCGACAAGAAACGGCCUUCUUAGAGAAAUAUUUUGGUCUGAGAAAAAGAUGUGAGCAGAUGCAACAGGCCAAUGAGAAGAUGGUUAAUAGGCUGCAACAUGUGAAGAAAAUAAUUAAGAGACACAAAAGAGAAAAAAGGUUCCUGGAAAGCAGACUUGCGGAAUAUGGUGACAAUUACAAAGAAUCACAAGUACCUUUGAGCUGGGAGGAGGAUCAGCUGUUCAAUUGUUUACGUCCUACAUCAUCAGAACCUCCACCUUACCCCAAAUCAGAUUGUGAUGAUGAUAUGACAACUAAAACUACAGCCAUGUCUUCAAUACAGCCUUACUUACAAAAAUCUACCAAAUCGCGCAAAUCAAAAUCAGACAAAGAGAAAGAUCCGAAUGCACCUAAGAAACCCAGUAAUGUCUUUCAAAUCUAUUGUAAAGAACAGAAACAGAAAGUUCAAGCAGUAUAUUUUCAGGAAUUUAAUGAAGAAAUAGCUCACCAUGAAUUAACAAGGAGAUUGGCUCAAAAAUGGCAUGUUAUGUCUCAGGAAGAGAAAAAGAUGUAUUAUGAAAUGCAUGAUAUUGAAAAUGAAAGAUAUCAAAGAGAAUUGAAAGUCUACGAAAACAGAGAAAUUACAGAACCAACAACAUCCAACAUGGCUGCCAAUAAUUUUCCGUCUCAAUUGGGCAUUAAAGAAGAAAUGGAAUAGAACUGUGAAAUGAUACUUGAGAAAAGUAUUUCUCUAGGGCUUUACAGCAUGGAUCCGUUUCUAAAAAAAUCUUACAAUGAGUAUUUAAUUGUCUUAAAAAGAAAAGUUCUCCAUCUGUUUGACCGAUUGUAACUUAGUCUGAGAAUUGGUUAAGCUAAUCAGUGUUCACAGUUUAGUCGAAAUUUGAGCAUUCAAAUCCAAAAUUAUCCAUAGGUGAAAGUUCAAAUGACGACUCGUCUUUUCUUGAUGCUACACCAUAUUAUAGAAAAUACAUAUAUAGAUAUAGAGAGUGAAGUCGUUAGAUUUUUAGGAAACCAUAUUCUGAUCUCAGAUUUCCAUGAACAAAGAAAUAUAAAUAAUCCAAAAUUAUCCACAGUUGAAAGUUAAAAUGACGCCUUGUCUUUUCUUGAUGCUACACCAUAUUAUAGAAAAUACAUAUAUAGAUAUAGAAAGUGAAAUUGUCAAUUUAACACGAACCGUGCAAUAAUCUUUUCUAAAAUGCAUCAAAACAGUAGAUCAGAUAUAGUAGAAUAACUUAAGUAUCUCAUCAAAAUGCAGUUGUAGAUGGUAUUGCUUAUAUUUUUGCUGUGGUCGACUGCAAUUGCCUUAUGAGAUGCAUUAUGAAAAUUCAAUGAAAGAUAUUGAAAAUGCUCAGUAAAUAUUUGACAUAAUGGCAAGAACAUUUAAAGCUUCAGCUAUGUUUAUCUGGAUAAUCCAGCUUAAUCAAGCUUAGCUUACCAAACAUAUAACUUGUAAUUUUUACACAUCGUUAUGCCUACUUGACAAGUAGUUCUCUUGCAAAAUGAAAGGUACUUACUAAACAUCACCAUCACAAUGUCAAGCUAUUACAAACUGUGUCUAAUGGCUGCAAUAUCCACCUUUCUUGUUUGUUAAUUGGAUAGAACACUACCAAAGUCAGCCAAAUAUAGUGUCCUCAAUGACACAUGCAGCCAAAUUGUAUACAAUCUGAUUAAACUUAAUCUUGCUCAAAUCAUACUAACAAGUGAAAGCCUCCUGCAAGUGUGGAUACAUGUAGGGGACAGACGGACUCAAUUUGGGGCUUACUGUCGUGAUUGUGUUUUAAUGGGGCAGUUCUGUGGAAGCGCAUAGGUUCAAGCUUCUAAUGGUGUGUUUGAGGGCGUUCUUCCCCGAGAAAUUUAAAAUAUAUUUGUUAUGGGAAAAAAACAUAUGGAAAUCAUAUUUGUUAAUUUGUUAAGAAUUACAAACAAUUAUUCUUGGGGUGGGUAAAUGCACCCCACCCCCACUGGUGCUGACAGUAACCACUAUAAUGAUGCUAGUUAAAGUAGAUACCAGUACCAAAGUUCAUGAAUAAAUUGUUCUUCACCACAGAAUGAUUACUGGAUACCUAUAUUUGUAUAUAAUUUCAUUUUAGUACUAUGUUCUGUUGUUGUUAUUUUGCUAUUUAUUUAAAUACCAAUACUGUGUUCGACAUGUAAAUCUACUAAUAAUAAAAUAGUCAAUUUUCAU